UACUCAUCCAGUUAGUUUCAAAUCAAUUUUCACAAGAGAGCUUAUUCAUCCAUUUUGCUGUUGAGAACGGUCUUUGCCCAAGCCUCCUUGCUGACUGCAGCACCUGGCACCACACAGCACUGUGAGUGAAGGGAAAAGAAAUUCUGCUGCCAUGUCUAUGCAGUAGUACUCAGAGCUGGAUCAGAAAUGCCCACCAGAUUCUGGACCAAAGAUUAAGCAAACAAGAUACCCAGCAAUCAUACGUUAGCAUCUGUGCCUAUUCAAACUGUAGAAAUUCUGUUUGUACAGUUUGUAGUACCUGAGCAUUUAUUUGAGGAAUGUUGAAAUUGGUUUGUUCCUACUAUCAAAAAACUGCCCCUAUACUAGUAAAAAUAAUGUAAUCCCUGACAGUUUUCAUGCAUAAAGAGGUAUUUUAAGAGAUUAAGUCACAUCAAUAACAACAUCGUUCACAUGCAAAAGAAAAGCGGGAGGUCUGAAGCAAGCUCUACUAAAUCAACAGAAGGACUCCUGCAGAUUUCAGGACAAAGCACAGAUCAGUCCUUUCAGCUCAGUAGAUUAGCUCUCCUUAAUGAGCCUUGACAUCCCCCAGGCUCUUUAAAUCCCUAUAUAUAGCCAGCAAUGCUUAUACAACAUAGGUAGGUGAGGCAGGCAUAGAGCGUAGCCAGAAGAUUAAUACCAAGUACGUCACUAAAAUAGACAGAUCACAGUACAAGUCAUUAGCAAUAGCAGGGAGAGGGGCCCUGCUGAUGUGCUGAUUAGGAAAGUACCACCAGACACAGAAUUUAUGAGAUUUUUUUUUUUUAACCAACAUGCAGGUCUUGGUGCACAAGUUUAUGAGCAAAUUGGGCUGUUUCUACGUUCUGACACUGGAAAUAACUGGUGAAGGCAACUCAUGAGCACGUGGAGGUAUAGACUGAGCUUGCAGAUGUCUCCCCAGAAUCUCUCGCUUUCAGACUCAUUGCACAUAGCAGUUUUGGCUUCCAUACUUUCUCUUACCAUUUACUGGAUCAUCAGAGACAGAUACAGAGUGAGAAACCUGAAUGGAAAGCAUGUAUUCAUAACAGGCUGUGACACUGGACUUGGAAACUCACUGGCUAAAUGGCUUGACAAAAAGGGAUUUUGUGUCAUUGCUGCAUGUGCCACAGAAAAAGGAAGCCAAGAGCUACAGUGGUGCUCUUCACUCUCACUGAAGACAGUGAAGAAGCUGAACUUAGCAGACUCCAACAGCAUUGCCAGGGCUGUGGUGUUUGUGACUGAACAGACAGCUGGCAAGGGGCUUUUUGGCUUGGUGAGCAAUGCUGAAGGAACAGCACCUGUAGGACCCUCCGACUGGCUAAGGAUUGAAGACUUCCAUUCAGUCCUGGAUGUUAGUCUGCUGGGAUUGAUUGAAAUCACACUCAAGCUUCUGCCACUUCUGAAAAAAGCUGAGGGAAGAGUUGUCAAUCUAAUUAAUUCCAAAGGUCUCAUGGCUUUUGUAGGGGGUGGCUACAGUCUGUCCAAAUGGGGCAUGGAAGCUUUCUCUGACACCUUACGGAUAGAAAUGCGGCAUUUUGGAGUGAAAGUAAGCAUUCUUGAGCAUGGUUUCUUUAAGGCAGAAGAAGUUAAUUCAGAUAUCAUUGAGAAAUACCUCUUCAAACUUUGGAACAGACUGACUCCUGAGAUCCGGGACUCCUAUGGAGAAAAAUACUUAGUUGAAUAUAUAAAAGCCCAAAGAUCAUCAGUGAAAAGACUGUGUGACUAUGAUAUUUCUAAUGUCAUAAAAUGCAUGGAACAUGCCCUGAUAGCAAAAUACCCCAGGACACGAUACAGAGCUGGAUGGGAUGCAAAGUUCUUCUGGCUGUUUCUCUCCUAUGCCCCAAGCUGGCUGUCUGAUAUGCUGUUGCUUAUUACAUUUCCAGCUCCAGCAGAGAGCAAGAGACCAGUUCAUGGAGUUCUAAUGAAUGUCUAGUAUUAACACAGUAUCAGCUGUGCAGAAAUAAAUAUUUAUUCUACCGAAACUAGAUAUCCUCUUCUUUACCAGUUACUAGACUGCUAAAAUUCUUUUCAGAAGACACUUUCUCCAUCCCUCACCCCACCUUACCUGAAAUUCUGAGUUCGCAGGUAGGCUUGUAAAUCCAGCAUGUUUUUGAAGGCUGUUGCUCAGAAAUUAUACCUCUACAGGAUCUGCAUUCCUAAAAUUUUCAGCUACAAAGCUAGUUAAUACUAUUCACACAAGACAUGAAGUCAAAUAAUAAUGAUGUCCAGCUAUUGCAGCAUAUUCCAGAAAUUACAAUUAUAGUAUUUGACCACUUGAUUAUUCAAUUCCACAGGAAAAAAACCACAAGGAAUUUUACAGAUAUGCAAUUCUAGGGAAAAUCAAAACUUCACUGUUCUAUGCAAACAGAGUAUUGAAAUGCAUACUUUAACUGUCUUCCUAAUAUUAGUAUAGUUUAUAGGGAAAAUACAAAAAUAAUAUGCAUUUGUAUUUCUUUAAUCCUCAGUGUGUUUUGCGAGUUAAAAUUAUUAUUAUUUCACUUAUGGAUGAAAUAGGUAAUUAGUGUAGGCUAUAGCAAAUUCUUUCAGUUGUACAGAGCAUGUUCAGAAUGGCAAAACGUUAGCUGAUGUUACUGUGCCUUUUGUACACUAUUUCUAUCUCUUAAGCUGUUGGCCAGAGGCUCAGAAAUUGGUGCUCCUAGAGAUAUUAAAAUGGAAGGGGUAAAGGUUAUUUGCUGAAGUGCUGUGUUGGUGAUUAAUCAUUAAUGUGCAAUUCAAUUAAGCUUAAAAAAACACUAUGUGCAGGUCAGAACUCCAAACAUAAGAAAAGAAGUUUUAUUACUAUGUGUGAGAGGGCAUGUGUGUGUGUUUGCAAUGGGCAAAAAAAGGACAGUAUGUCAAAAGUGCUAGUAAACUUCAAGUAUUUCAUUCUCUAUUCUCUAGCAAACGGCUUCAAGAAUAAAUUUAUUUUACUUCAUUUCACAAUAAAUACCUGCAGAGAGAGAAAUCUUUCUAUCUGGCCAGGCAGCUCUAAAGAGAAUGUACAUGAAAAUAUUAAUGGUAUAAUUUAUCAGUUCUAUAGUUGCAGAAUACAGACAGUUGUUGAAAUCUCUAAAAAUCAGCUUUCUUUGAAACAGAAAGAGUCCAAAAUUUAAGAAUUCAAGCAGGGGCUGUCCUGAUAAGGGGAAAAGAAUACAAGUGAAAAAUAAAGUUAUGAGUAUAAUCUAAAACUUCUGUUGUACAAAGUACCAAAACUUAAAUUUUACAUAAUCAGAAGGGUAUGCUGAAGAAGAGUAGAUAAUCAGAAGGGUAUUCAGUAGCUAUGCCGCUGAGAGGAGGAGUCCCAGUUGAAGCCUAGGAAUCCUUCACCAUCAGAUAUGCUGAACAAACAAACCUACAUACUACCUAACUACAGAGUAACCCAGGAACUGUUUUCUUCCGUAUCUGAAAAGUUAAAAUUAUUACAGGGAAAAAAAAAUUAUUUCUGAUAUAUGGCUCACAUAUUAGCAGUUUUCACCAACACUGGUUCCAAAUCUUUGAGUUGACAAAGACUAUUCCCAAAACAGACACUACUUUUUCUCGUGGUAUGCAACUGCAGGCAAGUCUUUUGGAAGGGUCAGCCCGGCCUUCUCCCUUUAAAACCCUGUGAAUUCUUUCCUUAAGAACAGCGCCUUGCAUCUCAAAGAAAGCCUUACAGAUGUGUAUGCUGUGUUGCAGACUCCAAGGAGUUUUCUACAUUAAUGCACUCAGGAAAAAACUCCUUUAAAAACACAUAAUGUGCUUAAAGAAAAAAAAAAAAAUCAAAGCAUCAGAUUCUGACAUCAAAUAUGAAACAUAACUGAAAUAAAGUUUUAAUCACUUAUGUCCAUACUAUCUUGAUUGUCAGCCUCUCAAAAGUAAGAGUUUCCUGUUUCAAGGGCCAGUUUACUGAAUGUGUGAAACAGGGCAGCUUUCACACUUAGAGAGAUACAAUGUCAGUAUCAACACAUCAUCUUA